ACAUCGACAUCGACACUGGCAUUGGCCAAAGCAAUUGACAACUUUCCAGCAGAAAACUCCGCGCUGAAGGAAGGACACAAGGACGUGGACCCAGCACCUGCAAAAGGAGCGGAAAAUUGCAAGACAAGUGUUGUGCGGAUUUUCGCGGAAAACCAGGAAGUGGGCACAGAAACGGGGAAAGGAAAUUGAAUAGCUCGAGAGGACUCGCAGCUGGAGAGCUAUUUGAAUCUGAAUCCGAGUCCUCGCAGCUGGCCAUGGCCAUGAACUUCUACGAUGAGGAGAUCACAAUCAGCGGACCCGACUCAAAGCAUCUGAGCAGUGUUCAAAUGGAGCCGCGAAAUGGUGGACCAGGAGGUGGCAGAGGGGAAGCCGCGGGCGGAGGAGCACUGGGCGGAGAAAGGGGGGCAGCAGGAGCCACUGGAGGUGCACAAAGAGCAGCCGCGGGCAGGCAUCGUCGAAUGCAAUUCCAAAGCAACUCUACAGAUGACGAUGGCCUUCUUCAGGACAUAAUUGACCACGAUGACGAGGCGGAGGACAGCGAUGAUGACGAUGACAGCGAGAUGCAGUUGCCCCAGGGAAUGACCAUGGGUGUGGGGAUGGCAGGUUUGGUGCCCGGACCUCAUUCCCAAAAGCGUCCGCGAAGCAACCGGAGUUCCAAGCAAGUGCCGGAUGACACCAUGAGUUCCGGCAGCGAGGAAGCUGCCAUGAGUGGAGAAAUGGGAUCCGGAGGAGCAAGAGGUGGUGCCAAAUUGCCGCACCAUAAGCUAACCCUGCCCAUGAGAAGCAGUGCCGGUGGAGCCGGAAGAUCCGAGCGACAGGAAGAACAGUCCUUCAACAUGAGUCCGGAUAAAUGGGAAGAACUAUCCUUGCCCGGGGAACUUAAGGAACUGUUUCCCUACAUCGUUAAAUACACCCCACAAACGAUCGAUACCCCAUUUCAUCUGCAACCUUUUAUCCCGGAGUUCGUGCCCGCUGUGGGCGAUGUGGAUGCCCUUCUAAAAGUUCAGGCUCCUCCACUUUUACAACCACAACGUCAAAAGGAGUUGAAUGAUCACUUAGAGAAAUUGGGCCUAUGGCUGCUCGACGAACCGUCUGGAACUCAAAGUGAACCCAGUCUCCUGAAUAUGAAAUUACGAUCGGUACUAAGCGGAAGCAUGGGUCGUAAUCCCCGUCAUGCCACCUCGGCUUCUCUAAUUCCCACCGCGCGUUCGGGCAAGGAUAUAGAUAAGUGGAUCUCUGAAGUUGAACAAGUUCAUAUGACUCAAGCUAUGUACGAUGCUCAGCCCAGAAAGGAUAUAGACGCUCUCUUGGAGGAUUGGCCGAGAUCUUUUGGCGAUGACGAGACUAAGAACGCCUUAGAUCAGGCCUACAGGUCCUGUCUGCAGCAGAAUAUAUCCCUAGCUGACUAUGUGAGAGUGCUUUGCGAGAGGUUUGGGGUGGAAGGACCCUUAGAGUCCCAGGCGGAUUACAUCCACAAUGUCCAGACACUCUUUGCUCUCUACUUGGCCGCCAGCCAGGCGUGGGAAUAAUAUUUUGAAAAAAGACUUAGAUUAUAUGGAAUUCAUAUACAAGUAUGCAUCUAUUAAAAGAU